AUGACGAUAUUGAUUUGGCCUUCCUUUUUAGGACCGCAUAUUCAUACUGCCUUGUUUUCGGACCUGGAUGUCACCCUAACGCGACCAACAUGCCCACUAACGGCCCCAUACCAACAACACUUUGAUAAUAGCACGCCGGCUUUGGAACCAGCCGCUUGGCGCCGUUGCCGACGUCCUAUAAUCACCGGCUGCUCAGGGCCGUAUUCGCAGGCGUUGUUUGCACCAGUUCCGAGGACCGCCGUGAGCGACCGGCAGAAGAAACAAGCGAAGGAUUCGUUUCUAUCCUUUGUGCACAUUUUUGAGGUGGCAUUUGGUAUAAUUACGGGGUCUUGCGGAGUUGCACUGGUCCGUGUGUUGGGACGCCUAAAGAUGACGAUGAUUCAUCUCAUGACGCCUUUUACUCAGACACCAUGCAAUUUUCGAGUUGGACUGGUAGCGAAGUUGAGUGUCGAGUGCUUCGUGAUAUGCUGGCCGCAAACAGGAAUUGGUUUCGCGAUAUUGCUAUGCCUUUUGGCGCGGCAAAAGGGAAGUCUAUCUUCUAUGCCGUCCUCGCAUGGAGCUGCCUACGUAUUCUCUAAAGGGAAAAUACUGGUAUUAUUUUCGCAACUAAGAACUAGCAACUCACCUAUAAGCGUAUUACUCAUAACUAUAGGAAAGCAGUCACUCCUUAUGCCCUUCUUUCGUUCGACACACGUUUUAUAA